UAAUGGUCUCUGGAAGUCAUCAUGAGAACGAUGCCACAGCCAAUGCCAAUGAUGCUGGUGUUAGUAGUGGCCUAACACUGAUACCGUAUUAUCCGCAAAUGGUCCGCUACGUAAAUGAAUCGUUUAUGGUGCUGUGCCGCAGUCCCAUACCGGAUGUCAAACUACACUGGAAGUCGCCAAAAGGUGAAAUAAUCAAAGAGCAUAAAGGACGCAUCCACAUUGAAUCGAGUUCAAAACCAGAACUUAAAUUGGUUUUUAUGCAUCUCGCAUUGGACGAUAAAGGUAAUUGGUCGUGCGUCGAUGCUGAAGGUGGCCGUGCUGAGAAAGCGUUUAAUUUAACAGUCCAUCAGAAAAUUACCUUCGCCGAAAAUACAUCAGUUUUAACCGUAAAGGAAGGAGAGAAUACCACAAUCUGGUGUGAAGUUACUGGUGAACCACAACCGAAUAUUACCUGGUAUUUCAAUGGAGAAUUUAUACCCAAUGUCGAGAAUGCAGCAAAAUUUAGAUAUUUGGGUGACGGAUUAAGUGUCACCACUGUUACGCAAAAUGAAACUGGCGAAUAUACGUGUCGUGCUUAUCAAGUCAGCAGCAUCGCAUCCGAUAUGCAAGAGCGCACCAUCCUGAUGAAAAUCGAACGUGAGUGUGAUUUACUUUAUAU